UUGUCAAUCAUUAAGAUUUUUAGAAAAGUGUAGAGAAUUCCAUCAUAUAUUUUCAAAAUAAAGAUAUGAAAAUGGCGGGCUAAGCAUAUCGUCUCUCAGUGUUCAAAUCUCAAAGAAAAGCAAGCAGAGAGCUUUUGAGAUUGGGAUGAAGAUCAGCGUAGGGGAAAUUACUAGGAACAAAAUGGAGGAACUUAGAUUGGUUUGUGACAGGGAGAUUCCAAUUCAACAGCAGAGAAUCGAUGCUGCCACUCGUUCCUUCAAAAAAUCUCUCGAUUCAACCAAGGCACAAGCACAAGAAACUCUUCAAUUACAGUCAAAACUUGGCAAGUUAAAAGUUGAGCUGAGGGAGUUGGAAGACAAAUUGGUGAAAGCACUUGCAGCGAAGACCCGAAAAGAGGCAAAGCAGAUAGCAGUAGCAGACUCAAUAUCUGCUACAAAAGAUAAAGUAGAAGAACUUAGAGGGGUUGUGGAAAACCAAAGGGCCAGAAAAGAUGAAUAUGCAGCCAUAAUAUCUCAACAAGCUGAUGAACUCAAAGCAUGUGAAGAAAAGCAUAAUCAGACUGCUGAACAGAGAGAGGAAAUAGAAGAGGCUAUUGCGUGGUACAAUAAGGUGCUUGGAUUACGUAUUGAAUGUGGCCAUGGAGUGAAAUUCAUAUUUACCAAUAUUGAUGCCAAUAAUCAGGAUAAGGAGUACUUUUUUACCGUACGUCAUGAGAAUGAUGUGUAUACUUUGAUUGAAUGUGAUCCACAACUAAAUGAUGCAAAAGAGCUGCUCAGAGAGUUAAAUACAAGCAAUGGACUGUUCAAGUUUGUCAGGACUAUGAGAGAAAAGUUUCAAGCAGCCGUAAUACAUGGAACAUUUCCUGACAUAGCAUCUCGUGAUCAAGACACUUUCAUGAUCUCUGUGUCUGCCCCAGUUUCUUCCAUGUCAACUGAUAGUAGAAGUGAGUUUUUAUCCCAGCAACAGGAGCAUCAAUCUGAUGAACAUAACAGAAAUUCCAAGAAACUUGACCGUGCCAAAGGGAGUAGGGCAGCACUCCUAUCUCCUGGAUCUGCGUCAUCCCUCCGGCGUUCUCCUCGUUUUAAGGAGAGGAAUGAGAAAAAGGGAAUGGAAGACAGAAAAGAAACACUCAAAUUGAAUGGUCACACCCUCUUAGACACUUGAGCAACAUCAUUUUCCACUUUGCUGUCAUCCAGCAAGGUUCAGUCCAGUUUCAAAAUUUACCUAUGCUUGAAGUCGUCUGUGAUUCAUCCCCCUCUGCAAUCCUGACUUCCCAGUACUCCGAUCGGAGAUGAAAUUUCUGCUUUAGUUCCUAUUCUUUUGCUAUAGGGGUGAAAAAAAAUUAAUGCACAUGUGCUGGAAGGAAGCCAGUUAGCAUAUAUGAUCAAUUAGGGGUGUCAAAUGGAGGAGGAAAUGUUUGGUCAAGUUCUGAUGGGUUACAAUGUGUUGAAUCAAAGAAAAUGUGAUUGACCCAACCAGUCGCAAAUACUCUUGGGUCAAGAUAGGUGGAUCAAUGGGUCAUAGGCCAACCUACUCAACUCAAAACCUCUUCUCUGUUUGUUUUUGUUUUCUUCUAAUCUGUUGCUAUCCAAUUGAGUUCAUAACAAAAGAAUUAUUGUACAAGAAAGUGAUAUUGCCCUACGGUAAAGA